GAAUUCAAUAUGGCGGGACGAGACGCCGAGCGAGGGAAAAACGAGAAAAAUUUCGACAAGAAAGUGUGAGUUAUAUAUUCAUGUGUCCACAAAUACCUGAUAUAUACACUGCGUAUAUAUAACGCAUAUUGCACACCGGGGGUUGAGGUAUCGGAUCAACGAGAGAAGAAUUAAUUCAUUCGAAUUUAAUGAACCGGAGGGUUUGGGUGAUUGAUCGAUAGAGAAUGAUUGUGUCUGAUCACGGCGUGAUACAUUCAUCGAGAACAUUGCAUCAGGAUAGGUCGAAUUUAUAAUAUUUUCUGAAGAAUUAUUUUUUACUAUUUCAAUUUAUUGUGGAUAUAUAUCUGAGAAUUUUUGGUAAAAAUGACGGAGAGAGUUGAUCCGAAGGAACUCGAGCCCAUGAAUGCCCUUGGUGGUGAACAUGAGAGAGUACGGAUGAAGAAACAGUUGGGAUUGAUGGAGGGGGUUGCCAUAAUCCUGGGAAUUAUUUUUGGAUCAGGAAUUUUUAUAUCACCCAAGGGGGUUAUCCAGGAAGUGGGUAGUGUUGGUCUGUCUCUUGUGAUAUGGGUCCUCUGUGGGCUGUUGUCGAUGAUUGGGGCCCUCUGUUACGCAGAAUUGGGGACCAGUAUACCCAGGAGUGGAGGAGAUUAUGCGUAUAUUCACGAGGCCUUUGGUGCACUGCCAUCAUUUUUGUAUUUGUGGGCAGCUAAUCUCAUCUUUGUACCCACAACAAAUGCUAUUAUGGCACUGACAUUCGCUGAGUACGUGCUACAGCCUUUUUUUCCAAGCUGCUCAAUCCCUGAUGGCAGUGUGAGACUGAUAGCAGCUCUGACAAUCUGUUUAUUAACAUUCGUUAAUUGCUACGACGUGAAGGAGACGUCAAAAAUGCAGAAUAUUUUUAUGUUCGCUAAAAUAACAGCCCUGGUGAUCAUAAUCUUCGCAGGACUUGCAUGGCUCAUACUCGGCAAGACUGAGAACUUUCACGAUUCGUUCAAAGAAACCACCACUGAUCCUGGAAGAAUAGCUGUUGCCUUCUACUCGGGUAUUUUCUCGUACUCUGGAUGGAAUUAUCUCAAUUUCAUGACUGAAGAGCUGAAGGACCCCUACGUAAAUUUACCUCGUGCCAUCUAUAUUUCUCUGCCUCUCGUCACUCUAAUUUAUGGUCUCGCUAAUAUUGCGUAUCUCGCUGUUCUUAAUCCUACGGAGAUGAUGGCCUCUAGUGCUAUUGCAGUGACACUAGGGGACAGAGUACUGGGUUCAAUGUCUUGGGUGAUGCCUGUGCUCGUCGCUGCUUCAGCAUUCGGUGGUCUCAGUGUUCACAUCAUGACUUCCUCGAGGAUGUGCUUUGUUGGGGCACGCAAUGGCCAUUUUCCCGCAAUGCUCAGUCAUAUCAAUGUCAAACGCCUGACACCCACACCUGCUCUCGUUUUUCUGUGCAUAUUGUCGUUGAUGAUGCUAUGUACGAGUGAUAUUUUUGUACUUAUAACCUACUGCAGUAUUGUGGAAUCAUUUUUCAUAAUGGUGUCGGUUGCUGGUGUUCUCUGGUUGAGGUAUUCACGUCCCAAAAUGGAGAGACCAAUAAAGGUGGCUUUAUGGAUUCCUAUAACAUUCGUUGUUAUCUGUGCCUUCUUAGUCCUUGUUCCCUGCUAUGUGAGGCCUUGGGAGGUAUUCAUGGGCACUUUGAUCACAGUAUCUGGAAUUCCCGCCUAUUUUGUGGGAAUUGAAUGGAAAAACAAACCCGACUGGUUCCAGCGAUUAAAUGUCAAAGCCACUCACUUCAUCCAGAAGUUGUUCAUAUCAGCAAGAGAGGAACUAGAUGAGUGAAAAUACCCUCGGGUUUAGGAAUUGUUCCAAAGAUUCGUCAUUUUUUCAUACCAAAUACUGAUUGACUGCUCCUCAUAUCAUAAAUGAAUCUCAUCACGCUUCGCUAUUUAUUUUGUAUUGAAAAGGGCAUUGAUGAUUGGUAUUAUUCUACAUCAUACAACUACAAAUACUAUUUUUCGGUAUUUUCUUCCUAUUUUUCUUUAUUUAUUGUAUUCAUAACAUCACGCACAGAGAUAGGAUUAACGUUAACAAGUGCUUUUUUCUUGUUGACUAAAACAAUCUGGAGUAAUAAUUUUUUCUUCAAUCUAUUUACAGAAAAAUUCAAAUUUUUACAUGCGUCGCAUGAAUAAAGAUGUUUCGAUUUUGUCAA